AUGACAAACUUGGGGUUGCCAGGGGACUUUCUCUCGUCAGAUUCGUCCUUGAGCGACGUCCCUCGCAGCAACACGUUAUUUACUCCACCAGCAACGCCUGUAAGGGAUCUGAUUCCAAACAGGGACUCCCCUGCGCCUCUCAAGCCACCGCGUCUCAAGCUUCCCAAGAUAUCCCCGUAUUUUCCAUCCGCGUCAGCCGCAUUGGAAUCGUGCCUUCCUUUUCCGCCUAUUGAUGAAUCGUCCUUUGGGUUGGUUCAAGAACAGCUCGCCCACGACCCUUUCCGCCUGCUUAUUGCGACUAUCUUUCUCAAUCGAACCCGCGGGGCCGUUGCUCUGCCGGUUCUCUUCCAAGUUUUCGACCAGUUUCCCACUAUUGAGUCCAUGGCAACGGCUGAUCCUACCUCUCUUGUUUCCAUGAUCCGCUGCCUGGGCUUUCAAAACCAACGCGCGAAGAAAUGUAUCGGUCUCGCACAGACCUGGCUGGCCCACCCGCCUAGUAAAGAUAAGCGGUACCGAGAAUUGCACUACCCUUGCAAAACAGACGGCCGGGACGUUGGCCAGGAAGAGUGCAUCGAAUAUGACGAUCCCCGCGUGGCCUGGGAGAUUGCUCAUUUACCCGGUGUUGGGGCGUACUCCCUCGACAGCUGGCGGAUCUUCUGUCGCGACGAACUGAGAGGUCGGGCUACGGACUGGAAGGGGCGCGAUGCUGCGGAGGGCGAUUUCGUUCCGGAAUGGAAAACUGUUCUUCCCCAGGACAAGGAGCUACGCGCCUACUUGACAUGGAUGUGGCUCAAGGAGGGCUGGGCGUGGGAUUACCAUACGGGAGAGCGAACGCCCGCGAGCGAGAAGACGAUGCACGCUGCCCGUCUUGGGGGGAUAGCGCACGAAGAGGACGGAAACUGGAUUCUUCAGACGUCGCCUGUCAAGAAGGUCGCCAACGGACUUACUAUGGGGAGUGCGCUGGUCGUCGUUCAGCUCCUCUUCCCGUCCACCUCGCUCGAACCAUUCCACGUCAUGUUUCUACCGUUGAGAUUAAAUGACCGAGAUCGCGACAGGGACCGCCAGCGUAAAGCAUCGUCAUCGUCGACCUCCUCCAAAACGAAGAGCCGAAAACACCACUCGAUCCACGGACGCCCCAGCCGCACCUCAACCAAGGAACACGAUCCGGACGACCCCACGGGCCGUUCCUCGACCCUUUCCACAUCCGCCUCCAAGUCCCGCAAGAAGCGCCGCUCCUCCAUGCCGGACGUCGACAACCCCGGCGCCAGCACGGCCUCGUUCCUCGAGUCGAGGACCAGCCUGCCGUAUCCGAAUUUUUCCAAGGCUCAUAGCAAAGAGGCCGUUAGCCGACCGGGAAUCCCCACCCCCGAUCCGACCGAUCUGACCGAACGCAGCAACGAUGCCAAGGAAGAACGUCCCCGCCGCUCGGACAACCACCAUGCGCCUCCGAGCCCACCGUUGACGAGCACGGACCAGCAUUCGCGCAAGAGUAGUUCGGUCGGGGAUAAAGAGAAUAAAGUGACGGAGGAGAAGGCCAAGGAUGGGAAAACCAAGAUCCGUAUACGAACAGAUGCGAACCGGUCGUCGUCGAGUCUACGAGCGAAGAAAGACGACGGGACCAAGUCGAGCACGACCGCCCGAGCUGACACGCCCACCAAGUCGAAGAGGUCGAGCCAGGACAAGGAAGAGCCUCCCCGCACGGCCAGUCGCAACUCGACAAAGUCGAAGAUUUUCGAGGACCCCAAGCGACCCAGCAGCCGCACGGCCACACCUCCUCGAUCCCCAGCGCCUGUCCGUGAUGCCGCCUUCGAAUCAGCAAACGGCUCGGACGCCACCAUCAAUGCGACAUAUCGACGGAAGCACAAGAGUCCUGAAAAGCCUCCGUCCCGCACCCAGAACCGUUCGUCCAUGUCUAAUCGUCCCGCCAGCCGCCCCGCGGUCGACAUCGCUGGAGACUACGGCCGACCCCCGACUGCCAGCUCCACGUUUGACGCUCCUCCCCCGCCUCCGCCCCCGCCAGAGAUGCCGGUGACCAUCCCAAGGGUGGACUAUCUACUUCAGCAUGGCGGCCUGAACCGCCGGGUGCCGAGAACACUCCUGAUGGGCGCGGAUGCCCCCGACCCACCGCCUUACCAGAGCUUCCAACCGCAGUCUGCUGCUGCCAGUAUCUUUGACCCAUUCACGCGACUUCUAGACGAUUUCCACCAUGUGAUGACAAAAAAUGGUUCGUUGGCCGUUGCGACGGGAUAUCGGUCGGUGGCACGCCGUCUGCUGGAUCGGCUGGAAGCUGUCUUUGCCCGUGACAUCUCGUCGGAAACGUGCCGAUGUUUCAUGUGCGAGCAUAACGGGAUGGAGGAGCCGCAUACCGGGGUGAGCUGGGGCGAGGUUCUCGAGCUUGUCUCGGGACGCCGCGAGCUGCCCGGCUGGCCGCCCUUCACAAUGACGAUGCCGGUGGACGGUGCAGAACUGUCCGGUGACGAGCAUAUUCCGAUGCAGAAGAUGGACAUCGAUGUUCCGGAGCAGUACCGGGAGCAUUACAUGCGCCAGUCCCGCAAGACCAAGGUGGCGGUGGACAAGUGGCUUAACGAACAAACCGGACAGGGGUCGAGCGCGCCUGACGGGGUAGACGAUGAGACAUUAACAUUUGCCAUGCUCACUCACCUUGGGGCCGAGCAGCGUCCGCUCUUCUGCUCCCUUCUCGGAAUCAACUCCGCAACACCCACCCCUCGUCCCGACGGUGAGCCUCGCCCGCGACCGCCUUUGUUAGUGUCAUCCUCCCUGGCCAUCCAACGCUUGUACCGCCUCGCUGCUCUCCCCCGCGACCCCGAAACCGCCAUCUACAUGCUCAACAACCCGGGCAUCCACCACGUAAUAGCAACUCUCGCGGCCAUCAGCGACGACGAGUGGGACAUCCUGAUCUCCGGCCGUUUCGACGGAUUCCUCCGCAGUGGCGCCGAGGACACCUUUGUCCCUCCGCAUGGGUCUCCCCGCUGGAGCAACAGCCGGGCCAACACCCCCUUCACCACCGGGGGAAUUUCGCGGGGGCCCACACCCAACCACAUAGACGGCACCUUCCGCUCAGCCAGCCAACCACCGGGCAGCUCCCCGUCGCCCGCCUCCGGCGGACCCAUCGUCCUCGACGAAGAGCAGGAAAUCGCCGCGCUGGCCGAAAUCGAACGCGACAUCUAUCUCGGCAUGGAAGCCCUGGAAGACGCAUUCGAGGUGCUACACUGCAAAGCUGAGUCCGUGCGUCUAGCCCUGCGCCAACGCGGAGCCGGCCUCUCCGUCGCCAACCAGAACCGCCGCGGCUCGUACGUAGAAGCGCGGAUGGGCACGCCGGCAUCAGCCCUGAACGGAUGGGAAAGCGGCACCGAAGACGACUUCCUCGACGACACCUACUCCCUAGCCCCGGAUGACUCCGCCAGUAAUAUUAGCUCCAGCCGCCGGCGCCGGCCCAAACGACGCACGGAACGACGCACCCCGGCACCGGUGGAGGAAGAAGACGAGGGAGAUGAAGGGCUAUACGACAGAAGGGACCGUCGAAGACGAUAG